GGUUCCUGCUGGCAAAGGCUCCCAUUGGAGAUUUUGUUUCCCAUUCUGCCCCUUCUCCAUCUCUUCCUACAUCCCCUCUUCCCCCCUAUUCAAGCACCCCCCCACCUGUGUUUUUUUUCUUUCUUCUUUUGGGGGACCAAGAGACCGAACUCUAAAAGAUCUAGUAUUCGUCUGUUGAGAGUGCUUUUAUUUUCCAUUUCUGACCAGAUCCUUCUAGCUCUUCCUUAGAAAUAAGGCAAGCUAGUGGACUAGAGAGAGCCCAGAAACGGUAUCAGUGAAUUAAUUGGACUUAGAAGACAACAUGUCAUGCUGCAGGUGGAUUAGAAAAAACAUAUUUGGCUGCUGCUGUUUAAUUUUCCAAGAAAAGGCUCCAUCUAUUGAGUCUCUGGACACAGUAUCUGCCAGUGAUGAGUUUGAUAAUGUAAUCCCCCGUUUCAAUGAGAAUUAUAAUUCAGGAUCUAAAACCAAAUCGGAAUCAAAAAGCUCCAACCAGUUUGAAUCCCUGGAAUUGCCUAAGAACUUCAUUGUUCUUCAUGACUUGAAGAAAGAACAAAAGAGCGUGACUAUAGAUAGCCCCAUCCUUUCAGAGGCAAAUAUCUCCACCUCUUCUGGUUUAGGGGAAUCAUGUCAACUAUCUCCUCUGACCACUAGGAGUCUUUUAAGUACAUCAUCUCUGCAGCCCUUAGAGAUGGAUAAUCCUACUGAUCUGGACACAAGGAAUGUUUCAUCCCAAGCGAAUUGCAGUCCCAAGAAUCCUAAAAACCUUACCCAGGAGAUAGAAGAGUAUUUUCAUGCUCAAGAAGCAAAGUCGGAAGAAGUUUCUGUAAGACCACUAGAAGAAAUAAAGGAAGCUGAUAAAGAAAACAUGCUGAUGCCUGAAGAACCAAGUCAUUCUACAGAGGGUGUUGCUGAAUCCCCAGAUAUUGCUGUGGUGGAAGAGGCUCCACCCAAAACUCAGGAGGUUGUUCAGAUUGCUCCAGACCAUCAGCAAGAGAAAAUCCCUACUCAAAGUAACCGGGAUGAAUUAACAAAAAACCUUAGUGUCAGUACUCAUGAAUCCAUUGUUCAUCAUGACACUAGAAGCAGGUCAAGAAGUUGGCCUUAGAUCAACCUUGGGAAAAGAUUCUGUAUUCUUGGAUGUCAUUGAUACUUUCCAUGCUGAAAAUCUUGCUGGUUAUGUUGAUGUCUCCUUGACUUAAUCCAGGAGUAAGAAGAAAAACCAUUCAGACUGGGCCUUGCUCAGUUUUCAAAAGAAUAUCUUCAAAUAAGAUCAGGGUUUCGCAUUGAAAAUUCUGUGAAGAAUGUCAUUUGUGAUGUAUCUGGAUCAGAAUAUUCAUAGGCCAAUGUGAUUAAUUACAGUUGAAAAUUCAGUUGUCCUUUGCUUAAUUCCUACAUCAAGCAAAUAACUUUUCCCAAUAUUCUGGGACCCCUAGUUCCCUUUUAUAAAUGACAAUCUAUUUAAUUACUUCAAGGCAGGAUAUGGGUGGGGGGAAAAUUGGAGGAAAUAUGUAUUCAAAAACCUGCCUACAUGUAGUUUUCUUAGCUGGUGCAGCAGGAUAGUGGUAGAUGUGGAGUGAGAGAAUCAUACCAGACCUUUGUUUCUAUAACAGGCUUAAAGUGUCUUGGAAUUUUGUUUUUUAAACUACAUGAAGUUAAUUAUCUUAAUGAUUUUAAGGAGUCUUUUAUCUUGGACAUAUUGUAAUUCCUUAUAUUUUAGUCUACUUAGUGAAUGGGAAAGGGGAAGCAAAGGACUUAGACCUUUAAUUAUUUAUGUACAUAAACCUAUUUACAACUACUUAUCUCUUGAAUAAAUGAAUUUCAACAUCA